AUGACCAGAGACAUCCAAAACCACCUUCUCUUCGAGGUCGCUACUGAAGUCGCCCACAAAGUCGGAGGUAUCUACUCUGUCCUCAAGUCCAAGGCUCCAAUUACCGUCGCUGAGUACAGAGAACGUUACACCCUUCUCGGUCCUCUCCACUAUGAGAGUGCCCAAAUCGAGGUCGAGGAGAUCCCAUUGAGUGACCCGAUGGUUGAGAAGGCUUUGGCCUCCAUGAGCGAGCGUGGUGUUCGUUGGUUGUACGGUCGUUGGUUGAUCGAGGGUGCUCCUCGUGUUUUAUUGUUUGACAUCCACUCUGCUGACCACAUGCUUAACGAGUGGAAAUCGGACUUGUGGAACAUUGCCGGAAUCCCUACCCCUGACCACGACAGCGAGACUAACGAAGCCAUUCUCUUGGGUUACCUUGUAGCCUGGUUUUUGGGCGAAUUGGUUUACCAUGACAGAGAAAGAGCCGUCAUUUGUCACUGUCACGAAUGGUUGGCUGGUGUCGCCUUGCCUCUUUGCAGAAAGCGUAAGAUCGAUGUCACCACCAUUUUCACCACCCAUGCCACUUUGCUUGGUCGUUACUUGUGUGCCGGUUCUACUGAUUUCUAUAAUAACUUAAAAAAUUUCGAUGUGGACGCUGAAGCAGGUAAAAGAGGUAUUUACCAUCGUUAUUGUAUCGAGCGGUCUGCAACCCAUACUGCUGAUGUUUUCACGACCGUCUCUCAUAUCACCGCAUACGAAUCUGAGCAUUUGUUGAAGCGUAAGCCUGACGGUGUCUUGCCAAACGGUUUGAACGUUGUCAAAUUCUCCGCUGUUCACGAAUUCCAAAAUUUGCAUGCCAUGAAAAAGGAGAAGAUCAACGAGUUCGUUAAAGGUCACUUCUACGGUAACUACGAUUUCGACUUGGAGAAUACCUUGUAUUUCUUCAUAGCUGGUAGAUACGAGUUCCGUAAUAAGGGUGCUGAUUUCUUCAUUGAGUCUUUGGCCCGUUUGAACCAUCGUUUGAAGGAGGCUGGUUCCAAGAUGACUGUUGUGGCAUUCAUCAUUAUGCCUGGUAAGAUCAACUCUUACACUGUCGAGACUCUUAAGGGUCAAGCCGUUGUCAAGCAAUUGGAGGGCACUAUUUCCGAGGUUCAAAAAAAGAUUGGUGAACGUUUGUUCGAGCACUGUGCUCGUUUCCCUAAUACUCACAAUGUUGCACAUGCUGGUGGUGACGAAGUCCCAUCUAUUGAUGAGUUGAUCAAGCCAGCUGACCGUGUGUUGUUGAAGAGAAGAAUUUUCGCAUUGAAGAGAGAUGGUUUGCCACCAAUUGUCACCCACAACAUGACUGAGGACGCAACUGAUCCAGUUUUGAACCAGAUCCGUCGUGUGCAGUUGUUCAACCGUCCAGAGGACCGUGUGAAGAUUAUCUUCCACCCAGAGUUCUUGAACGCCAACAACCCAAUCUUGUCAUUGGAUUACGAGGAAUUCGUUCGUGGUUGUCACUUGGGUGUCUUCCCAUCUUACUACGAGCCAUGGGGUUACACUCCAGCUGAGUGUACCGUCAUGGGUGUCCCAUCUAUCACUACUAACUUGUCCGGUUUCGGUUGUUACAUGGAAGACUUGAUUGAGAACACGAGUGACUACGGUAUCUACAUUGUUGACCGUAGAGAGAAGUCCGUCGACGAGUCCAUUAACCAAUUGGUUGACUACAUGUUUGACUUCACUCAAAAAACUCGUAGACAAAGAAUCAACCAAAGAAACAGAACUGAGAGACUUUCAGACUUGUUGGACUGGAAGCGUAUGGGAUUGGAAUACAUCAAGGCUCGUCAAUUGUCUUUGAAGAGAGCCUACCCAGACAAAUUCAAGAACGGUGCUAAUCCAUUUAACAACUCUCUGAACUUGAAGUUGACGAGGCCGCUUUCUGUUCCAGGCUCCCCUCGUGACAAGAUCGGUUUGAUGACUCCAGGUGACUUGGGCUCUUUGCAAGACGCUGCACAAGGUUUGGAGUCAGACGACUAUGCCGGCUUCAAAUUGGGCGAUAACGAUGAAGAUGAUGAAGACAACCACUAUCCAUUGACCUUGAGAGGUGCCUCCGCCCCACCUCAGGAUUAA